AUGGGAGAAGCGCUGGACUAUUACGACGAUGAAGCAGACGUAGCAGCGUUCACGCCUCGGACUUCGUCAGGGAUCCAAUUGGACCCUGCGGCAAUUGGAGGACUACAAAUUCUUCAAUUGAUGAUCAUGGAAAGUGCAAGGCCGAACCAGGUGCGGAGAUCACAAGAGGAGACCACGGGAUACCUAGACCUUAAACCCGGAUGCAUCUCUCGGUAA